GCACGAAGUCCUCGCUUGCCUCGAGCUCAUCCUCUGCAGGUCAUCAUGGCAUUCACUUUCGGCGGCUCUGCUUCCGCUGCCGCCAGCGCUGCCGGUGGCGGCUUUGGCGGUUCUGGCGCGGCUGCUGCGUCCGCCUCCGCCGCCUUCAGUGGUGCGAUCAACCUGGGCCUUCUGAGCUUUGGUGGAGGACGAGGUGGGGUUGGAGGGUUCAGGGGAGGACGAGGCGGUGGCUUCAGAGGACGCGGCCGUGGGCGCGGAAAUGGUGGGUUUCAAGGAGUCGGUGGAUUUUUCUUAUCGAGAUUUGGUCGUGACGUGGGCGAGGACGAGGACGAGGACACCCACGGCCGGCUGAUGGAGAUCAUCUCCGAUCAGGACGAGAGCGGCUGCGGCAAGCGGCUGGUGUGCGAGCUGGCCGCCGCCGAAGCCGAGGACGAGCGGCAGCUGCUGAUGGAGGAACUCGCCAUCUUGAAGUUCGUCGGCGACAUCGUUCCCGGCGAAGACCUGAGGGCUCAAGGGGCGGCCCUGGACUACAAGCUCGCUAAGGAGCGAGGCAUGGAAGGGCGCGACUGCGGUCUCCUGUACCCGUCAUGCAUCUACAACGGCACCGAGAUCAUGACGUCAGUGCUGGCCUACCUGUCUUAGAGAGUCCAGCCAGCUGGGGAAAAAGCCGUUACUGCACCUCUGUACUCGCAGCUGUCUGCUUUGUGUCAUCUGUCAGGCAGGGCCUGUGCAAGUGCAGCUGGGGAGGGUGAAUUGCAGUAGAGGAGAAAAGAGAGAGAGGGAGAGAGAGAAAGAGAAAGAAAGAAAGAAAGAGAAAGAGAGAGAGAGAGAGAGAGAGAGAGAGAGAGAGAGAGAGAGAGAGAGAGAGAGAGAGAGAGAGAGAGAGAGAGAGAGAGAGAGAGAGAGAGAGAGAGAGAGAGACAGAGAGAGAUCUAACAGAUGGAAGACAAAAUUUGAAUACUAUAGAGCCCGUAAUUCUAGCACAGGGCGCUGUUUUUCCUUUCUUCAAGAUCUCGAGGAAAUUUUGGCAUUUCACCCGUGGCUGCCUUCCCUUCGUGCACUGUCUACUCCCCUACUUUAUCUGAAUUGUAUUUUCGCCUCGCUGUCUUUUGUGUUUUCCACUUGUUCGAACUGUGUCGAUGAAUAUACUUUUGUCGAGAUAAAAUUAUUUCUACAUAGACUUGUGGGUAAUGGAGUAAAAUUUCUCAUCUGUAAAUCCUUAGUAUUUUAU